CGACGCAGUGUCAUUUCUUACACCUCAUACAAUUUAUGUGAGCUGUGAACGGCCAAGGACUUUCUGUAGGUCUACUAAUUAUACCAGCGUGAAUAUCAGGCUGAAUUCCAUUCCACUGGGAGUGAAAUUCAAACAUUUUCUCACAGCUGACAGGCAUGGCAGAGGAUGAGGACGUCAAUUACUCUGAAAUCAAGUUUGCCCAAUCUGGAGAUGGAGUGAAACAAGAAAGACAAAAAGAUGGUGAAGUCAUCUACUCAAAUGUUGUCCGCUCUGGAAUUGACAAAGAAGAGUGUGCCUACUCAACAGUUCGUCCUCGCCAUGGAGGAGGAUCUGAGUCUGGGGUCUCCGAUUCUCAAGGUCAAUCCAAACCAAAAGAUCCAUCACCGAUAACAAGGUCAAGAUCAAUUUCAGUGUCAUCAGUCCCGAUAACAAGGUCAAAGGUCAAGGCUGGUUUAGGGACGUGUCGCAGAUCCCCCUGGCUGCUGCUGGUGUUCCUCCUGCUCUCCCUGCUUGGCUUAACCAUCUAUCUUGGAGUAAUGUAUGUGUUCAAUAGGAGUUCUCAGCAUGAAAUAGAAUUGAAUCUGACAGGGUCCUUGUCACUGCUGCAAAGCCUACAAAAGGACAAAGAGAAUCUCACAAUACAUAUACGAGUGCAGCAGGAACAACACAGUAACGAGAGCUUGCGUUUGCAAAAUGAACUGAAAGAUGUAAAUGCAACAUUGCAUAACAAAUCAAAUGCGUACAGCAAUCUCCUUGAUGAAAAGAAACAACUUCAGGAGGAGCUUCAGGUUCUAAAAGCAUCAGGUGCCAUGAACUGUGCAUCUGGCUGGGAGUAUUUCAAGAGAAAGUGCUACUACUUCUCCACUGAUCAGAAGAACUGGGCUGAUAGCAGAGAUGCCUGUGUGACUAUGGGAGGACACCUGGUCAUCAUAGAGACUCCAGAGGAACAGGAUUUUCUGAGGCGCAAAAGUCACACACCAGAUUACUGGAUCGGUCUGACUGAUUCUGCUAAGGAAGGAGAGUGGCGCUGGGUGGACAACAAGCUACUCAACGAUAACAAAAAUUUCUGGGAUGGUACUGAACCUGAUGACUGGAAAGGAGAACAGAGAGAACGCCCUGAAGGAGAGGACUGUGCUAGAUUUAAUGCUCAUGGUGGAUGGAAAACAUGGUAUGAUGCCUUUUGUACGUAUUCUAAAAACUACAUGUGUGAAAGUAUCGCUGCAAUAAAGCACAAUUGAAGAGAUGCAAAACCCAUACGUGCAUUUCUGAUGAGCUGCAUUUCUCUAAUUUUUGGUCAACCCUAUUUCCUUUCAGCUUGAAUUGUUGCACUUGAUAAUACAGAGG